AUGAAAUCCUAUAGGCAAAUCGUUGAAGAAGCCAAAACCGAAAUACCAGAAGUGACGGUUGCUGAAGUAAAAACCGAACAAGAUAAAGAGAGCGAUUUCGUGUUACUGGACGUGCGGGAUGAAGACGAAUUUCGUGCCGGUUAUAUCCCCAACGCUGUUCACGUUACACGCGGCAUGCUCGAAUUUUCCGUUGAAAACCACAUUCCAGACCGGGACCAAAAGAUCGUUGUUUACUGCGCAGCGGGACUCCGUUCCCUCCUUGCUGCAAAGUCGCUCCGUGAAAUGGGAUACACCGACACCGUCUCGCUUGCAGGUGGAUACCGCGACUGGACGGCUGCAGACUUGCCCACUAUCCAAGACAAACCGAUGACGCACGAUCAACUCGACCGGUAUAGUCGGCACUUUAUGCUCACUGAGGUCGGAGAACGAGGACAAGCAAAACUGCUCAAUUCUAAAGUAUUGAUGGUGGGUGCCGGUGGAUUAGGUUCCCCCGCAGGCGUAUACCUCGGUGCCGCAGGUGUCGGACACCUCGGCAUUAUCGAUUCCGAUGUCGUCGAAUUAAGCAAUCUGCAGCGUCAGAUACUCCACCGUACAGAAUCGGUCGGUACGCCAAAGGUUCAAUCCGCAACAACGACGAUUAAGUCGUUGAACCCGGACAUCGACAUCACGCCGUAUAACCUCCGCCUGACUGCCGAUAACGUUGAAGAAAUUUUCUCGGAAUAUGACCUCAUUGUGGAUGGAUGCGACAACUUCGCGACUCGCUACCUCGUCAACGACGCUGCUGUGCUGAUGAAUAAACCCAUUGUCCACGGCAGUAUCUUCCAAUUCGAGGGACAGGUCUCGCUCUUCAAACCGCACGACGGACCUUGCUACCGAUGCCUGUUUCCGACACCCCCGCCCUCCCGGCAUGGUGCCCAGCUGAAGUGA